CGGCUCCCAUGGCGGCCGCGGCGGCGGGCAACAUCGUGUCCGUUAUGGCGAGUAAGACCAAGACCAAGAAGAAGCAUUUCGUGGCCCAGAAAGUCAAGCUCUUCCGGGCCAGCGACCCGCUCCUCAGCGUCCUCAUGUGGGGGGUGAACCACUCGAUCAAUGAGCUGAGCCAUGUUCAAAUCCCUGUUAUGUUGAUGCCGGAUGACUUCAAAGCAUAUUCAAAGAUCAAAGUGGACAAUCACCUUUUCAACAAGGAAAACAUGCCAAGCCAUUUCAAAUUCAAAGAGUAUUGUCCAAUGGUAUUUCGCAAUCUGCGCGAGAGAUUUGGCAUUGAUGAUCAGGACUUUCAGAAUUCUCUGACAAGAAGUUGUCCGCUUUCAAACGACUCUCAAGCUCGCAGCGGUGCCCGAUUUCACACCUCUUAUGACAAAAGAUACGUCAUCAAGACUAUAACAAGUGAAGAUGUGGCAGAAAUGCACAACAUACUGAAGAAAUACCACCAGUUUAUAGUGGAGUGUCAUGGAAACACACUUCUUCCCCAGUUUUUGGGCAUGUACCGGCUCACAGUUGAUGGAGUUGAAGUAUAUAUGAUUGUUACAAGAAAUGUGUUCAGCCAUCGCUUGUCUGUUUAUAAAAAAUAUGAUCUAAAGGGUUCAACAGUAGCAAGAGAAGCCAGCGACAAGGAAAAGGCCAAAGAACUGCCAACCUUCAAAGACAACGACUUCAUUAACGAUGGUCAAAAGAUACAUAUUGAUGAAGCCAACAAAAAAAUGUUCCUCGAAAAGCUUAAAAAGGAUGUCGAAUUCCUUGCACAGUUAAAACUCAUGGAUUACAGUUUGCUGGUUGGAAUUCAUGAUGUUGAAAGGGCAGAACAGGAGGAGGUAGAAUGUGAAGAGAAUGAUGAAGAGGAAGGGGAAAGUGAUGGAGCUCACACGACUGGAACCCCUCCGGAUAGUCCAGGAAAUACACUGAACAGCUCUCAGCCGUUGGCUCCAGGAGAAUUUGAUCCAUCUAUUGAUGUUUAUGGAAUAAAAUGCCAUGAAAAUGCACCUAGAAAGGAAGUUUACUUUAUGGCCAUCAUUGAUAUUCUUACUCACUAUGAUGCAAAAAAGAAAGCUGCUCAUGCUGCAAAAACAGUCAAACAUGGCGCAGGUGCAGAGAUUUCCACAGUUAACCCCGAACAGUAUUCAAAACGGUUCUUGGACUUUAUUGCCAACAUUUUGACGUAACCUAUCACGUUCCAUUGGACAGAUAAUAAGGUCUGGGAACAGCAGCAAUAGCUGCAAGUGUGUAAGGGACAAAAAAGCUUCUUUUAAAAAAGGAACUCUCAAGUGCUAUCUUGCAGAAGGCGGCCCCCUUGGUUUACAUCUGCUGGCCAAGAUGACUGACUGGGGUGAAAUUUUCGCUUUUAACAGCUGCCAGAUACGCUCAGCCUAGUUCUAGCUAUUUCUGGUGUGUGUGUGUAUGUGUGUAUGCGAGUGUGCGUGCGUGUGCAAAAACCCCUACAAAUAUAAAUUAACUAAUUAAUAACAUAGAUCAGCGUUUUACUCGGUGUAUUGCGACUGCGACGCUCCAGAUUCUAGCUGAGAUGG